CAUACGACCAAUUGACCAUCAAGAUGUCUUCGCUUCCAUCUCCUCUUCUGCCCGCAAUUCAUGAGUCUUGCUCUACUCUCCUCGCGGCGUCUGAUAGUCCAGUCAAGAUCGCUGACAAUGCCAAGAUCCGCUCCCUCCUUGAGGAGCUCGGAAAGGAAGGAUGGCUAAAGCUCCAAAAGAAACACAGCUCACUACCGCUCCCUCUAACCUUCCCAAACACCGCCUCCCAUAUUAACUUCCUCGCAAUCUACUACCUCGUCGCCUUCCACCCACCCCUCUCCCACUUCCCAAACCACCGCGACACAAUUCUCCGUACACUGCUCUCCCUCCACCUCUCAGACAGCCCCGUCUCCCUCCGCGUCCUAACGAAUGCCGAACAACUGAGCCAGUUGAGCGGCGUCGAAGUCCGGAAAUUCAUGAAACAUGACACUCUUAUCGGCGUGGAGGUCAGCGAACGCGCAGAUGGCGCAGAUUGGGUCGAGGGUGUGGUGGGUGUGUGUCAGGCUACGCUGGGUGCGGGGGUGGAGAGAAUUAGUGAUGUCGUUGUCGAGGCGGCACCACGGGGGGUUGAUGCCACACUCAGCGCACUCGUUACCCAAAUCCCACCUUUUGCAUCCUCCGAAGAUGAAGUACUCGUGCCGGACGCUGCGUUACGACUCCUCCACGAGCUACGGACGCGGUUCAAAUCACUCUUUGGCCCCGAGGAAGGGGAGAUGGGUGAGACGUGGGCGGUGUUGGGCAGGGAGUGGUUGGUUGAGAGCGGAGUUGUGGAGUUUGUGCCGAUGCAUGGGGAGGUGGUCAAAUUGAACGGGGUAGAAUGGAGGGCGGGGGUUUUGGAGGGAAGCUGGAGGGUGAGGGAUGUUGCACAGUCCAUGGGAUGGUAGGGCGUGCUGCACUGUGGGGAAAGGCAUGAGGCAUGACAUUGAGUGAGGAUGGGGAAAAUGAGUUAAGGCUGGAUUGAAAGCUACUUAAACCUCCCCAGAGCCAUCUGCGUCCGAGAGGUUCCAAAGCGUCAACUGCGAGAGCCAACGUGAACGUUUGAAAGCGUGAACGUCAUGGAAGGGAACGCC